AAACCUGAAACUCGGUUGUCACCAGAGGGCUCGGAAGCUCUGUUUCCCUUUGCUCAGAGCCCAGGUAAAUUCAAAUUUUUGCUCCUCCUGCGCCACCUAACAAGACGAUUAGGAAAGAAUCUCAGAAGCCGAAGAGGGAGCUGACUCACUCCUUGCUGUGGUGAGAGAGGCUGAUCGAGAGAGACGCACGCCGAGCCACAGAAGAUGAAAAGGCUGCCAGCUUCUUGAAGCAAUGUGAGUAGGAGAACAUCUGGCAAGCAAAUAAGCAGUCCAGGACAUCAGUAUAUAUACACAGUAGGAGGAGUCAAAGAGGCGUUCUGCACAUGCUCGGAUCUCAUUUUUCUCCAGCAGUUGCCGAGGAAGGAUCCUGUGCUCGCGGCUCUCGGGAGAAGGCUCCAUUCUUCAGGAUGUUCUUCUGCCUCGACUCUGCGAGGCCUCAAGUAGUCGAUGGUCGCCUGUGAGGUUGUUCGAGUCGCCGGGGCAUUCCUGCUGCUCUGCUGGUCAACGAAGUCAUCGCGGAGGGUCCGGCGGCUCUGUUCCUCUGCACGGCUGCAGAACUGGGCCUGGUCUGGAUCAUUGCUAUCGGAAUAUAUUGACUGCUCAGAGUGAUGUCUUCUGAUCGGAGAACAUCAGGCAAGCAAAUAAGCAGUCCAGGACAUCAGUAUAUAUACACAGUAGGAGGAGUCAAAGAGGGAGCCCGUGCCUGCAUUUGGUGUAGCCACAGAAGGGAAGGUCUGUUAAAGGAGGAGGCUGCUGUGACUGAUCUAUCGCCCAGGCAGCUGCUUGAUGUGUCUUACAAACUGACAUCUCAGCUUUCCUAUCCUUGGUUUUCAACCCUUCUGCUGAAUCUGAGGGAAGAAUGUUGGAAGAGGCUAGAUUGGCAAAGGGAGCAUCUAUUGCAGCUGUGGAAGUAGAGGCCCUGGAUCUAGUGGAAGGACCAGAUUGUGCCCCAAUUGCCUUACUGUGAUCAAAAGACAUAGCUUUCUUAGAAGAAGAAUAGGAUGCAGUAUCUUUGGAGUGAGAGGAGCUGCAAUCCGCCAUCUUGGAAUGACAAGAAAAAAAAAAAACUCAAUCACAGAACUCACCAGGAGUAAUAAACACAAUCUUGGAUAUUAUUAUUAUUAUUAUUCCUCACUCCUAUACUGACAAAUAUGGCGCCAAACUGACACAACAGCUCGUAUGCCCAAUUGCCACUGCUGUUAGGUAUUAGGCGUGAGACUGAUCAAUGACCAGCUCGAAAACUCAAUUUAAAAUGCAGCAGUAUUUAAAACGGCGCGGGACAGACACAACAGUCUCCAAACCACAGUAAGCUAUAGCGACCAAUUAAAAUGAAAUACUGAACAAUCAACUGCAGGAGCUAUCAGAAUGUCCAUCUGCGGCAGAAAAAACAGCUCGUCCCCUCGAAUUUGCGGCUUCCUUUUCAUCUUUACGUUGUUCCUUGUGUCGUAUUAUUGGAAGAGGAGCCAAAGCUGGGAUCCGUUGAACGAAAAUGUUGAGGAAGGGAAAUGGCCUGGCAGUUUUUGCAAAGGCCGGCUCGCCAACGGUACAAUCACCCCACUCCAGGAUAAACACAGUUUUAUCAUCACCCCUUAUUCUGACAAGCGACAGGAAAAUCUCAUCCGGGUCCUGAGCAUUAUCCACCAUCAAAAUGUCAGCAACCUUUACUGCAUCUUUUGCUGCGAGAACAGCCAGAUGAUUGAGGUCGUACAAGGAGAAAUCGAUGUCCACAAAGACCGCUUCGGUUUCCCAUACGGCACCACAGAUCUGCUUUGUCUUCAGCCGGAAGACUGCGAAGCUCACUUCAUUUCUGUCCACCCCGAGAAUCCCAACCUGGAAUUGACCCACCUGCCCCUAUUUCCCAUCCGAAACCUCUAUCCGGAGAAGCCCUCUGUGAACUUCACGAUCUGCAUGUCUACCAUGUUUGGGAAAUAUGACAACGUCUUGCAGUUCGUACAGUCCAUGGAGCUGUACAGGCUUCUGGGGGUCCAAAGAGUGAUGAUAUACAAGAACAGUUGCAGCCCCCUCAUGGACAAAGUUCUCAACUAUUACAUCUCCCAAGGCAUCGUGGAAAUUAUUCCUUGGCCCAUCGAUUCGUACCUGAACGUUUCGACCCGCUGGCAUUACUCCAUGGAAGGGAAAGAUUUGGGCUACUACGGGCAAAUCGCAGCCUUGAACGACUGUGUUUAUUACAACAUGUUUAAAAGCAAAUAUGUCUUGCUGAUUGACCCCGAUGAGGUUAUUCUUCCCUUGAAGGAUGCAGACUGGAAGUCCCUAAUGGAAAGAUUAGAAAAGGAACAUCCAGGAGUUGGGAUUUUCCUUUUCGAAAACCAGGUUUUUCAUCGCACCGUGUUCUCCGAGACUCCUUUCAACUUUUCGUCCUGGACAACGGUGCCGGGGUUUAACGUCUUUGAACACAUCCACAAGGAACCUAAAGACGUUCACAGUUUCAAUAACAUGAAAAUGAUUGUGGAUCCAACCAAAGUCAUUCAGACCUCGGUCCAUUCUGUUCUCAAGAUGUAUGGAGGCUCCCUUGAAGUCCCCAGUGAUCUCGCCUUUAACUUCCACUGCAGGAUCGGCAAACAUAUGAACUCGCCCAAUAGCACUUUGAUUCGAGACCCAGUUUUCUGGAGAUACAACAAAACUUUGAUCCCCAGAGUGAACGAUGUCUUAUUUAAAUCCGGGAUUUUAGGAGCCGGUGACCCGCCGCAAAAGCAAAAGGGUUGAUGCCUUAGUAAAUUGCAUCAGUGUGUGUCUAUGCAUGGUUGUGUGUGUGUGUGGUCAUUUAAACUUUAAGCACAGGUUGUCCUCGACGUACGACCACAGUUCAGUCCCAUGUUUCUGCUGUUCAGCGAAACAUUUGUUAAGUGAGUUUUGCCCCAUUUUACGAUGGUUGUCAAGUGAAUCACAAAGUUGUUAAGAAGCCGGUUGUUAAGUGAAUCCGAAUUUCCCCAUUGACCUUGCUAGUCUGAGGGUCACAGAAGGGGAUCACAUGACCCUGGGACACCGCAACCGUCAUAAAUAUGAAUCAGUCCCCAACCAUCGGAAUUUUGAUCCCGUGACCACAAAGGUCAGAAGUGCGAAAAACGGUCAUAAAUCACUUUUUUUUUUACAAUCCCGUUGUCACUUCGAACGGUCACAAAAUGAAACUGUUGUAAGUCGAGAACUGCCUGUAUUUCACCAUACCUUGGUUGGUGGGUUAGUCUUUCCUGUAAGGUGAGUUCUCAUUCUGUAGCAUUCUCUUUUAUUAUAGGUUCCUUUCAUUUUUAGAAUUUCGCUGCUAUGGUGGAACUUGAUUACGCUCUUUUGGGCGACCAAUCUCCUUGAAUCAUUGGGACCGAUGUUGAAGAUGUUUAAGCUUAUCAAUCAGGGCAGGGGGUGUCAAACUCAAUUUCAUUGAGGGCCACAUCAGGGUUGUAUUUGACCUCGGGGGGAAGGAGGGCAGUGUGGGCGUGGCCAAGGUGACAUCACUAGUGUCAGGGGUGGCUGUGGCGGCCCAAGUGCUCUACCAGCGAAAACGGGCUCCCGAGCUCCGUUUUCAGCCGCGACAGCUUCCUGCAACGCCCUGCCAGCGAAAAUGGAGCUCUGUUUUUGCUGGCAGAGGCACUGCGGGCCAGUUCUUUGCUGUUUCCAGGGCGGCCCUGCGGGCCAGAUCUAAACACCCAGCGGGACGGAUCCAGCCACCUGGGCCUUGAGUUUAACCCCCCUCCCCCCGAAUCAGGGAAAAGAAGACAGGUCUUCUAAUCCAGUAGUCUCCAACUUUUGCAGCUUGGCGACCUGGCCCAGUGCGAGGUGUUUGUGUGUGUGUGUGUGUGUGUGUGUGUGUGUGUGUGUGUGUGAGUGGCAGGCACUUGUGUUCAAUCGUGAAGCUUCACAUGUGCAAAUGGAGCUUCGCGCACGAGCUCAAACACCUUCUGCUCAAGUGCCUUAUGUUUGCAUGUGUGCAGCUUCACGUGUGAGCACUUGUCGGCUAUUCCUGUGAGUGGAGCUUUGCGCACACUUGUUCAUCGCUCGUGUGGUCCGGUUUCAAACAGGCCGCGGCCCGAUGGUGGGAACCCCUGUUCUAAUCUAUCUGCAUUUGAUUGAAAAAAAAUGGGAAGCCAGAGGGAGAAAUAAAUAAGAAAUAAAACUGUGGGUUCAACCCAGAAUCUGUUUUUUAUCUAUAGAGAAUGGAUGGGUGCUGUCCAUGGUAAUUGCUUAUUAAGUCUUGAGAUAAAAUCCAUUAGCAAGUAUAACCCAGGAUUUAAUGAUAUAAAAAAAAUGGAAGGUGGCACUUCUCUUGAAAAAAAAAAAAUCAAUGUACUCAGGGCAAAAUUCUGUAAUUCUUUGUGAUUCUUUCAAUAAAUUUACUGAUGCAGACUCUUGAUAA